AUGGUUGCUAGGCAGAAGUGUAAAAAUUCUAAACCUUGUAUGAGAAGUUUAGAAUUUAAACAAGUAGAAAGUAUUGUUGAAAAACACACCUUCCCUAGUGAAACAUCCGAAAGUUUAAAAGAUGCCUUCCGAAUAUUUGAUAAAGACGGUAAUGGUUUUAUUAAUGCAGCGGAACUGCGACAUGUUUUAUGUAAUUUGGGUGAAAAAUUAACCGAUGAAGAAGUAGAUGAAAUGAUACGCGAGGCAGAUUUAACAGGUGAUGGACAAGUUAAUUAUGAUGAAAUAACAAUUCACACAGAAAACUCUUGUCAUAGCGAAUCAAAGAAAGAUUAUUUUGAAUGCGAUUUUGAAAAUAACUAUUGA